GAUUUGAUUGUAUUAGAGUAAUAUUUGAUCCUAUAAUAUUAUUUGAGCAUCUAUAUAUACAUGUGUUUUCACACUCAUUGGCAAUCACUUAUUAUCAAAGAAAAAGAAAAGCAAAUCAAGUCUUCUUUAUUUUCUUGUGAUUUUGUCAUAUUUUUUUCUUUUUAUAAUUUGGUAAUAAUGGGGAACUGCAUGGAUAGAUGUAGGGAAGGAGAAGUAGAAGAAGGGAAGACAGAAGUAAGAGAAAAUGCAAAAGAGUCUUUCAGACUUGAUGGUGAUGAAGAUGGUCACGGUGGAAUGAAGGUGAAGAUAGUGCUUACAAGACAUGAAUUGGAUAUGUUUUUGCUUCAGAAGAAUAAGAAUGACGAUGGGAACUUGAUGAUGACCAAAGAUGUUAUGGUAGAGCUAGAGAAGAUGAUCAUAAAAGCAUCAUCAUCGUUUUCAUCAUCACCAUCGUGGGAACCGUCUUUAGAGAGCAUCAUGGAGUGCCCCGAAGUUCAAGAGAUGGAUAGAUGAGAGGAUGGUGAUGCUACAGAAAUGAUCUAUGAUAAUAGGGGUAACUAGCUAGUAUAUAUUAUCAUGGGGAUGUAAAGCAUUGCGUUAAAUACGGUGAUCCGUAACAUUUUUGUAUCAUUUAAUAUUUUAAUAGGUACGUAGAAAUAUUUGUUUGUUUGUUAGACUAUGGUCGGGGUCGAUCUCGAACAAAAUAUAAUCAGAUCUUUUGAUCU